UGUUUAUUGUUUAUAAAACAAAAUAUAAGAAUUAAUUGUUACACUUUAUGUUAUAUUCUUAGUUUUAAGAACAAAUUUUUGACUACAUCAUGUUAAGUACAAGAGUUUCAUCGUUUUCCGAAAACGGCUUUGGAGAGCCUGAUCAGGAUGCAAAUUCAGCCCUAACAGAACUGGAUAAAGGACUAAGAUCGGGUAAAUCCGGAGAACAAUGCGAAGCCAUAGUUAAGUUCCCUAAGCUGUUCGAGAAGUACCCAUUCCCCAUUCUAAUUAACGCCUCAUUGUUGAAACUGGCUGAAAUAUUCCGUACCGGCACCAACUUUUUACGAUUGUGUGUGCUGAGGGUGUGCCAACAGAGUGAAAGGCACCUGGACAAAAUUUCAAAUGUGGACGAAUUUGUGAGGCGAAUAUACAGUGUCCUCCACAGCAAUGACCCCGUGGCCAGGGCCAUUACUUUAAGAACGUUUGGAGCUGUGGCUGCCCUUAUUCCUGAAAGAAAAGAAGUCCAUCACGGAAUCAGGCAGAGUUUAGAUUCACAUGACAAUGUUGAAGUUGAGGCUGCCAUCUAUGCUGCCAUUCAGUUUGCAGCUCAAUCAAAGACAUUCGCAGUCAGUAUGUGUAACAAAGUGUCUGAUAUGAUCCAAGGGCAGUCAACACCAGCCAAUAUGAAGCUGCAACUGAUUCCAAUUUUACAGUACAUGCACCACGACACUAACACAGCAGCAAUGGUCAGGUCUCUUUGUAUUGACCUGUUGCCCAGUUAUCCAGCACAAGAUUUUGUUCUGGUUACUUUGAACACCCUCACCAAAUUGGCUGCUGCUACUUUGGUUGACAUACCUAGUCAGGUGAACUUGCUGCUACACUAUUUAAGUAAAGAUCCAAGGUGGGAGGUGAAACUGAAGUCACUGCACCACUUGUAUGAAUUAGCCAGGCCUGGGGCACAUUUGUGGCCUCCAGGAGCUGUUGACAACCUAAUUGACUUUGUAUUAAACACCAAACACGUCCAAAUAUUAACGCCAGCUUUAAGGGUGAUUAAUGUGCUGGUGGAGUCACCUGUGAUGUGCCAUGAACACAGAUCACCAAAAUCAAAGUUGAAGGAACUGUGUUCGAAGCACUAUUAUUCACAUCUUUCCGGAGUUGCCGUCCAGGCAAUUCAAAUAUCGACUAAAAUUUUAUGUUACUGUUACAACGAGAACGUAGAAACUGACGAUGCCAACGAAGUGAUUUACGCUUUGGAGGCGUUAAUUCUGUCGUUGACGUUCGACUACGAGAAAAAGCAUUCAGAACACUUAAAACUGGCGUUAAAAUGCGUAAUAAAACUGUGUGGAGCCAAACAAGAGCACUGCGAAACCUUCGUCGACUUAUUAGGAACAAGAUUAGACAACGUGGAAAACAACUACACGAACAUUAUCUGCGAAACAUUGGGGGCUAUUGGUGGUUUGAAGCCCAACACGUUGUUGCCCCUCUUAGACACGAUACGAGGUCUGUUGGCCACCUUGGGGGAGAUUGAGCGACCUACGCCGUCACAAACGAGGAUGAAAAUCAUGCUUUGCACCCUAAUAUUCCAGACAAUGUGCGGGUACUUCUGGAACGACGAGACGCAAAACGCCAUCUUCAACGUGGUCAACAACAACAACCUGUGGGCCAACUAUUGCAUAGCCAGGGCUGCCGUCAGAUACGGCCACCACCAAAUAGCCAACUACAUUUUUUCCAUGCUCACAGAGCACGUCAGCUCGGAGCAUUACCACUUCUGGCUGGUUUGCCUGAAGGAGAUGACGGAGGCGGAGGCCCAACUGUACGGCGAUGACGUCAGUACACUUGUAAACAGGUUGGACAACGGGAUUAAACACUACAACAAAGCCAUAGCUGCCCUAAAGGCCGCCAGCACCCCCUCCAACAACCUCCAGUUCCAAGCCGAGUACAUGCGAAUCAGGUGCGAGUUCCUGCAGUGUCUGGUGCAGCUGAUCUACACCUGCAACAUCCUGUGCAUAGUCCCGCCCCCCGCCAUUGCGUCCACGAUUGCGCAGAACACCAGGGACGAGUACCAGAAGCACGGCUACAUCACCAACCAGCUGAGGAAGUGCGUUAAAGACUUCAAAAACUGCGGGGAGCUCCACUGGAAGCUGUAUCAGACCGCUUUUGACGCCGACCCCACCACUUUGGAAAACAUGCAAAUACUUCAGCAAAUGUGCGUACUGGUGGAGCAAUGCAUUGAGACGAUGUGCGUGAGCGGAGCCAAAAUUCGGGAAGAACCCAUAGGAUUCACCUGUAAAAACAUGGUGCUCGAGUCCCAACAGCUGGUGAAAGCCUGCGAGAACACCGUGAUGAUUACCAGGAGUAUCGCCGAAGACUUGCACGUCUCAACUUUGUCCCACAAGCAAAUUGAGCUGCUGAAGAAAAUAGUGGAAGUCUUAACCAACGCCUCGUUGCCCAUUCCGAGGUACUUCUUCCAAGUACUGCAGUCCACCAGCGUGAAACUGGCCAUUUCACCCCAGCCUCGAGUGCUGGGCGAGUUUAUUAGCGUGCAGGCCGGCUCACAACUUGCCGUUAAAGUCGAAGGCGUCAUACAACACGGCAUGGAACCAGGUUUGUUCAGGCGCAUUGAAGAGGUUGUCAUCACCGUCACGUCACAACUCCAAACCAACACCAAAAACAAAGACGUGGAACCGAAGAAUUUGGAGACCAGCUCAGUUCUGACGCAGACAGUGUCGCCCCACAAGGACUUUUUCAUCGCUCAAUUCCUGCUGGCGUUCCCUAAAGGUGGACAAUACUUACUGGUGGUUGAGGCUUCAGUGGUUGAUGAGCAGAGCAACACCUGGAAAACCGGCCCGAGGUCCACCUUGACCGUUAAAGUUCCCGAGGAAGCGAAGGCGGUCCCUAUUGUCAUACCUGGAAUGGAAAUGGCUAAUAAUCUAAACUUGAUCCAAAUGCGGGAAGACAGUCUAUUUGCUAGGCCCCAUCAGAAGAAAUAAAAGACGACGUAUUUUAUUAAGUUUACACACUUUUAACAUUAAUUAUGUUUGUUAUUUUUGUACAAAUGUGUCUAGUUUUAUAGAUUAAGGUCUCAAGUUGUAGUAUGCAGUUUUUACAAUAAAUAGUACCAAAAUUGGGUACUUUAUUUUUCCCUAA